UAGUUAAUUAGUAGGAGUAUAUUAUGAAAUCAGGGAAAUUUUCCAUUUUUUUAGAAUUUUCACAAGGUCUGUAUAAAAGCAAAAAUAAACAAAUACAUGAGCCAGCCGGCAAGAUAAAUCAGUUAUAAAAAAGCCUAAAAAGAACCAUUUAGCAACACUUUUCUUCUGGUUCUUGUCUCUCACCUUCUUCUUCCACAAAGGUACUAGUAAUAAUAAUCAAGAAAAAUCACAAUGGGAGAUACCAGAGAGGAUCAAGAAGACAGAGCUAUGAUGGAAACUGCCGGAGUCUCGAGCUUCUCGGAGCUUCUUAUGUUGUCGGGCGGCGUUCUCAGCUCCUCCGACCACCACCUCAACGAUAUUGGUGCCGAUGGUGGAGAAGACAGCUUCGGUUUUGUAUUCUCCGGUUCAACUGGAUCAAGAAUGCUUUGUUUCAGUGGAGACUGCCAAAACGACGACGAAUCGCUCUUCCUACAACCUUCUCUUCCCUCCGGAGUCUCGGUUUCUGACCCUUCAUGCACUACCAACAUUUGCAAGAACUCAAACGACGCGUGUGCGGACAAUAAAUCUACCAAAUCAUCAACCAAGAGAAUCGGGUCGGUCAAUGGGCAAACUAUGGAUCAUAACCGAAAACCUAGCAAAAAAUGCAAGCAAAAUCAGGAGAAACCAUCAGUUGGAACUGCAAAGGUAAGGAAAGAAAGGUUAGGGGAAAGAAUUGCAGCCUUGCAGCAAUUGGUUUCUCCAUACGGAAAGACAGAUGCAGCUUCUGUGCUGCAUGAAGCGAUGGGUUACAUCAAAUUCUUACAGGACCAGAUUCAAGUCCUCUGCUCUCCUUACCUGACCAACUAUUCUCUUGACGGUGGUGUUGUUACCGGAGAUGUUAGGGCGGGGAAGAAAGUGAGAGACUUGAGAAGCAGAGGAUUGUGUCUAGUACCUGUCUCAUCCACCGUACUCUUGGAAAGUUCCAACGGCGCUGAUUUCUGGUCACCUGCUACUAUGGGCCACACUACGUCAUCCUCUCACUGAAUCAAGGAUAUUAAAUUGCUAUCCUAGGCAGUUUUUUUUCUUCUAGUCACCGGUUAUAUAGCCUUUUUUCUUUGCUGAAGAACUACUAAAAAUGUCUUUUACGAAAAUUCACCCAUUUUUUGUUUGUUUUUGAGGAUCAUUUGGGUGGAUAUAAAAAGGUCGAAAUCUUGUAUGUUUUACAACAUUAGAUAUAUUUAUAUAUUCCAAAGUGUUUUUUAUCUCAAUA